CGCAGGAGAUGACCGGGCUGAUUCCCCGGAUGGUCACGCUGAGGCCGGCUCUCCUCAUCCAGACAUGAACUUCAACAGGAUGACCACCACCAUCGAAGAUGAUGACGAUGAUGUCGAAGUCCUCAACUCCAAUCGGUCUCCCAAUCGCAACCCUCCUUCUCCCCCUCAAAACCCUGGGAUGGAAGGGGCUUCAUCUGCCCGGUGCACUCCCCUCGACGAUCUCAUCCGAGAUAAGAAGGUGAAGUCCCCUUCGGUUACCCAUCUCUUCGAAGAUGACCGGGUUAAUUCUUUCCAGGCCCAGUUCGAAUCCAAGUCCAAGGAUACCGGCCACUCUUCUUCCCACGCUAAGGGCCAGAAAAGGAAGGGCUCCCAUAAGAGUUCCAAAGGGGGCAAGAAGAAGAAGACCGGGUCGCUUGACUUGGAAGGGGAGUCGGUUGAAGAGGCCUUCCUUGCAUUGACCAGAAGACUCCAAAAGGUUGGAGUCCUUUUUGAAGAGAUUGGCCAGUCACUCAUCGAGCCCUCCAACCAGGCCUCCCAACUGUAUCUCCUGCUUGACUCGGCCAAAUCAGAAAUAAAUGACCUGGUCGAGAGGGAGAGAAGGUUAGAAGUAGAGCUGAGGGCUGAGAGGGCCUUGCUAGAGGAGGAGAGGGCCAGAUCUGCCCGGUUGGAGGAGGAAGGCAAGAGAAAGGUCGCUGAGCUUGAAGAGGCGUUGGCCCAAGCUGAAGAGACUGCCCGGUCAAAAGAGGAGGCCUUUCCUGAUGAUGCUGUGAUUUGGGCCGCCUGCCAUCACACUAAAGUCGCCCGGUCCAUUCUCACCAAUCCGGAGGACACCAUGGAUUUUUUCAAAGUCAUGUAUAAGGAACCGGAAGGAAAGAGAAUGAUAACAGACGUCGGGUCUUAUGGGUUCCAGUGUGGUCAAAAGGAAGAGAGAUCUUUUCUAUAUUCCAGACUCCAAAAGAGGGACCCCUCCUUUGACCCGGCCAAAAUGAAGCUCCCGGCCUUGUAUAAGGAAGAGCCAGCUCCCCCCUUUCCCCUAGAAUAGGUGCCGGGUCAAAAAUAUGACCGGUCAAAAUUAAACUUUUCCAGAUUGG